AUGGCCGCCAGGAAGCCAGUCUUCAACCAGCAGGUCCUCUACGACACUACACCCCUCCCUGACUCCAUCCCCAGCACCAGCGAGGUCGGCGCCACAUCUGCCCCUCUUCUCUCCGCAUCUUUCUUCAUCGGCGCACGAUGCAAGCCAUACAACGAUGACUACAUGCAAUGCAAGACGGAGAACCCGGGCAAGGGCGAGUUUGAGUGCUUGAAGGAAGGCCGCCGCGUGACCAGAUGCGCUGCGAGCGUGAUCGACGACGUCAACAAGCACUGUCUAGAUCAGUUCCGCAAGCACUGGCAAUGCCUCGACAACAACAAUCACCAGCUUUGGCAAUGCCGCAAGGACGAGUGGAAGCUCAGCCAGUGUGUAUUCGACAACCUGAAACUCGAGAAGACCAUUCCCGACGCCCAAGGCAUUCCCGUCCACCUUCGAUCAAAGCAGAUCUACGCCCACUAUCCUAUCAUGCGAGAUCCUGGCCAGCCACCCUUCAAGAAGGCCGUUGACCCGCCGUCGGCCCAGAGGGCUGAUGCUCCAGCGUCAUGA